AUGGCGUCUUGGCCUCUCGACUAUGACGACGCCACGAGCGUGGAUCUCACCGGCGGCGUGCGGCGACGGCAAGCGGCGGCUGGGGAUGGCCACCACGGCGCUGACGAUGACCACGUUGCCGACUCCAACCACGUCGCCGACGCUGUCCACAUCGCUGACGCUGUUCAUGUUGCUGACGCCAACCACGUCGCCGACACUGACCACCUCACCGAUGCUGACCACGUCGCCGGCACUGACCACGUCGCCGACGCUGACCACAUCGCUGACGCUUACCACGUCGCCGAUGCUGUCCACGUUGCCGACGCUGACCACGUCGCCGACGCUGACCACGUCGCCGACGCUGACCACGUCGCCGACGCCUACCACGUCACCGCCCCCGUCUCCGAUGUGGAGGCGCAGAAGGCAAACGCGGACCAUGACGGCGUCGUCAAGGAUUUGCCUGUGGAAAACGACGAGGGCGACCACCAAAGCGAACUCAACGCCGCGGUCAACUUCUACGCCGCCAAGAAGACUGUGGCCCAAGGCAUGAUGGACAUCGCCCUUAUCACCUCCAACGCGAACCAGAUGCGCUACCUGCUGGAAUUCGGAUCUCCCAACAUCGCGGUGGGCACAGCGCUCAUCUUCAAGGGGCGCGCCGACCUGCGCGCCGAGCACCCUGGCGACGCCGCCGUCGCCGCAGCCGCGCGCCUCGGAGCCAAGCGCCUGGACGACGCCAUUGUCGUCGGCGUCUUCCUCAUCACCAUCAUCAACGUCUUCAUGGCCGCCUUCGCCAUCGGCAGCAGCGCCGCGUCGGCCUCCUGA